UAAUCACAAUAUUUUAUGUUCAAUAAUUUAUUGCUGUUUUAUUUAUUCAUGUGAGAAUUUUGCUUAAAGUAAUUUUUUACACCGUGAACUUCUUUCAACCAUCAGCGCCAACUUGUGGGAAUUCGGUGACAUCAUUUUCGCAAAUCGAAACGUCACGGGAAAAAUCAUGGUUGCAAGAAAAUUGUUAGUGUGUCUGGAUGAGAAAAUGUGCAAUUCUAAUUGAUUCUGUGGCUGGGCGUGAUGUUUUCCGAUUGAUAUCACACCCUCGCUUUGUGUUAAAUCCGCAACAUUUGGUGUAAAUAGGUGUUUUUGCUGGCUUUUCUCUGCACACAACAGCUUCUCACCCACGAAAUCGUGAUUGUGACUUUUCCGCCGUCAUUUCCACGGGAACGUCCUCAAAGUGAGUGCUCACUUGAGGGUUCUCGCAGUGCUGGGCCUCGCAGUGGGUGGAGAACAGCGUGGUGCUGAAGCCUGAGAUGUGCCAGUGAGUUGCCCAAUGGCGGAGUCACUCGUUGCCGACUGGAUUGCUGACUACUCAUCGCUGGACGCAUCUGAGAUCCGGACGUUCGCUGCCCAGCAUGAGCACAACCACGAGAUCUCCAGCGCCCUGUUCAGCAUCCUCAAUGAGAGGCACAAAUACUCUGACUUGUUGCAUUCAAUAUGCAAUCAAUUCUACAGCUUUUACAAGUCCAGCGAGACAGAAUUGCGCCGAUUCACGCUGCAAUUUGUGCCGAUUCUCAUUUACAACUACCUGAACGCCGUGUCGCAGGGCGACAAGAAGAGCUGUCGCAGCGUGGAGAUGCUCUUGCUGGUGAUUUACAACAUCGAGAUCAGCAAUGAAGACGGUCAGCCGCGCGUCGUGUCAUUCCGCAUGCCAGUAUUAGCUCAGGCCUCGAUUUACCACGAGGAGAAGAGUCUGCACGCCACGGAUCUGCGCCGGUGGGAGGAGAACUGCAACAGGGACGUGUCGUGGGGCCCCAUGCCCGAGCUGGAGCACCUCAAUGCCCAGAACCGUCUCAGAGUGAUGACGGCGCUCAUGUUUGUCUACAAUCAGCAGCUGAGCCAGAUCCAGAAGCCGGCGCUCUAUCAUCUGUGCCGGACGGCGUCGCAGCUCGUGAAUCAGGGCUUCUCGCGCGUGGGUCACGCGCACAGGGCGUCCUAUGGCACCGACCCGAACGCCACGGUGGCCAUGCGACCGCUGCCGAGGAUCCCAGUGUCGGGGGCGUUCCUCCUGGAGCUUCUGCAAGCCGUGUAUUUUGCCAUGUUCAAUGAAUUCGCCUCGGUGGCCAUCCAGACAAUCGAGGACAUUCACAACAGGGCGUGCUUCGAAAUGUUUCCCGACACCAUUCUAGUCACAAAUGCAGUGAAGAAUUCUCUGCAUGUCAAUCCCUCCGGUCAACCCAGCGAUGGUCCAAUGGGAAUUAGUGUGGCGCUCACGCCAUCGCAAACCACCGUGACUGUGUCCAAGAGUAUGAUAACAAAUGCCUCGUUUAGAGCGAAGAAGCUUCCAGACGACAUACCAAUUCAGGCACCCAAAGACGAGGGUGGAGCUGCAGUGGCGGCCAGUGCGGGUCUUGUCAGUAUCACUGAGGAGUCACCUGAGGGUGGUGAGCCACAGUUGAGUCGCGGCUCGGCGGUCAGGAGUAGCAAUCCCAAGAGUCACAAGGUUCCCUUUGCCGCGGGCUUCAAGAAGCUGAAGGAGAAGGAUAAGGAUAAGGACAAGGAGGUCGGCUCGAAGGCGGUGACGAAGAAUGGAUCGGUGGAGCUGAAGGAGGUGCAGCAGCCGUCGAAAAAGUCUGCCCUCAAGGAGAAGAUUGCCAGUGCCCGGAAUGCGUCGCUGCACAUUGUGCAGUUCGGCGACACGACGACUGAUGGGGACAAGAGCCCGAAUCUGGCCACGAGGACCAAGAGUCUCGCGGCUGAGGUGGGAAAUGGACCCGUGGAGGGCGUGAUGACCAACGGUGGGGAUGCAAAGGCCGAGACGAUAGUGAGCGAUAGUCUGGAGAACACGGAAUCGGUGGAUUCGGGCACAGACAUGACCAUGGCUUCCUCCUCAGCACCCUCCAUUGAGGCCAAAAUGCAAAUAAGUCAAGUGUAAAGUAGUUCAGCACAUUCUGCAGAGAUGGUUUUGGAGGGAGUGCGAAGAGCAGAAGUCGGUUGUCUUUGAUAGCGAAGCGAAGGUUCUAAGAACGGCCAAAGAUUGGGUCUUUUUCACACCAACACAGCAAAUUGACAAUAAUUUGGAUUUUAUCUCAUAUGUUUUGGCCGCGAUUCAAGUGGGGAUUUUGUUAAGCUUUAAGAAGUUUAAAUUUUAUCUUCUAUUUCCACGGUAUUUUUUUUCAUGUGUUGGUAAAUAAAAUAUAAAUUCAUGAAGAGAUUUGACAUGAAAAUAAGCUUUUCGCGCGGUGAUUUUGAAUUUCCAAUAUUGACAUAAAUAAGGAAGAAAAGAUGCUCUAAAUCAUCCCGCGACGGAUGUAUUUUCAUGCUAAUCACUGUUUCUUUUGUUGUUUGGAUGAAAGAAAUCAAUCGGACGAACAAUGAAUAAGCAAUGCAUGCAAUGAAGAAUAAAUUUUGCAGAAGAGUGUGAAGAUUAAAUAGAUGAUGUAUUUAGUAUUUGUAUUAUAACCUGUUGAAUAUUUAUCCUCCCUAUUUAGCCGGGCAGUGUUGAUGAGAAGAGGGAAGACAGAAGUAGCGUGAAGAAGGAAUCAUUCUCCCCCAUUUCCAUCAGUGUCUUGUCAUCUCGAGAAACCUUCAAACCUGCCCUCAAGAGAGUCCUUUUAGGGUGUCUUAUCUUUUGUCCCUGUCAUCGUGUGUCUGUUUUUUUUAUUAGGUGAUACAAAUAGAGGAGAAUAAAACAUCCCAUUUUGUCAAUGUGGUGCAUUUCAUGAUGGGUGGAAAUAGAGAGAGAGAGAGAAAAGAGAAAUUUGAUGAAUGAGGAAAAGUGAGAAAAUUCUCUCGUAGAGAACUUUUCCACCUCUUUUGUACAAUCCCACCAUUUUCACUUAUCUUAUUCAUCGUUAUGAUGAAGGACGAGAGUGUGUUAGCAAUUUUUCGACCAAAUAUGUCGACUAUCAAAUUGUGACUUUCAAUGUGUAGUUUUUCUUUUCUUUUUGAGUGACUCUGAAACAUUUCUCACAGUUCAUUAGGGAGGAAAAAUCCCUCGUCAUUUCUCAUUCUGCUAAUUUACAAAAAAACCCACCCCGGAAGUGUCUGUAAACGUCUCACUGUCUCAGUGUUAUUUCCUUAGGACCGGUUUUUCCGAUCCUUCAUGAAUAUUUUGCCCCUAAUUUAGUUUAUCUUUGGAUUUAAUACACUCCUCUUCAUUGUUUACCCAUUCUAAUCGGUGUAAUUAUUCUGUAGUCUGUCUCAUUACUAAAGGAUUUAAUGCUCUAUUCUAAAAUGUAGAUUAAAUCGUCUCUUUCAGGUUGAUUUUGAAAUUGAGAGAGAGAGAGAGACAGAGAGAAUUUUUCACUCUUCACUUUUUGUAUGAUCGAUGCAUUGAAAUUCGAUAUAAACAAACACAUUUUAUUCUUGCGGGGCAAUUUUGCAUCACGUUGACAAUAAUAUGACGAAAAAUUUAAUUGUGUAUAAAUUCUCGGUAUGAAAUAAUUACAUAGAAAUUAAAUUAAACUUUGUGGAGAAUCUUUUGGUUGAUUAGGUAAAUUAUAAAUAGAUAAAAAAUAGGUUGUAGGCGCGCAUCAAUUUUAUUCUUUAUUAAAUUUUAAGGGCAAAAAAUGGCAGAAAUACACUUUCUUCAAUGGAAGAAAUGAGUUUAUCUGCAAUUUUUGUAUCCAAACUAAUCUUCCCAAUCAUCAGACUUUUUUCAAAAUUAUAUAGUGUGAUUGUACAUUUAGCUCAAAAAUUAACUAAUUAUUGGUAUUUGCUGCAAUUCUUUUAUUCCUGUGAACGUAGAUUUCGAUACAGACAUUUUUCUAUCUAUCAACAAAAUACUAUAGCAAUCCUUUAACAUAUCCUGCGUAAUAUUGUUUUUCAUUUUCACGCUUCCACAUGAAAAUAAUAAAAAAAAAAGAUUGACAUUUAAUAAAUUUGCAAGAUCAUCGAAAUUAUAUGGAGAAAAAAGCACAUGAGCAAAAAAAAUUAUAAAUGUUGUAAAAAUAUGUGGAUAUUUAUCGAGAAUAUUAGCUAAAAAGAAAAUAGUUUACAAGAAGUAAUGAAAAAGUAUAUCAAUGUUGAACUGUGAUUUUUGUGUUCUCAAUGCAAGAAGAAUAAAUAAACAAGAUGUAAUUAUUAACUGAAAGAUAUUCAAUUGAUGAAACACAAUUUUUCCUCAAUCAGUCCGUUAGGAUUUCUUCAAGAGUGGACGAGAAGAGAGUUUAAAGCAAGAUCCAAGAACAAAUCCGGAAACAGUAAUUCAUUUAAGUAUCUGUGCAUUGAUUUGGAAAGGGAGAAUUGAUAUUGUUGAUACCUAAAAACUAUACUGAUAUAUAUAUAUAUAUAUAUAUAUAGUGAAUCUAAAAUGUAAAUAAGGAGGAAGAAUGAUAUAUUUAAAAAAUAUAUACUAUGGUUAUAUGGUUAUUGAAAAAUA